AAACUGGAAUAUAAAAUUAAAAAAUAUUUUGCAUCAUCCUCAAUCAAAAUCUUAUCUUUAAAAAUCUUUCGAAACAACUUUUGUGGCAAAAAAAUCGGUCGGGGAGAACUGCUUGGGAGCGAAACGAUCAUCGUGGUACGAAUAGUUCAGGGCGCAAAACAACAACACAGAACGUUUCUCGCCCAGGGUCAAGACGCGAACAAAUUUAUGUUUAGAUUACUAUUUCAGACUUGAUUUACUGGAUAACUGUGUGAAAUCAUCAUGUCUGAUGAACCACCUCUGCAGAAGUCAAUAAUAAUCUUAGAGCGAGGGACAAUAGGUCUGGGCUUCAAUAUAAGAGGUGGAGUAGAUAAUCCCCAUAUUACGGGUGACAGUGGUAUUUUUGUAACCAAAAUACGGGAGACUGGGGCAGCCUAUAGAGAUGGCCGAUUGAAGGAAGGCGAUAAAAUAUUGACGAUAAAUGGAACAAGUCUUGUAAAUGUAUCACACUCAGAAGCAGUCCAGUGCUUUACAAAUUCCAAGGCGUCGGUCACUUUAGAAGUUCUUCAUGGGGCACAAGAUUACAUAUUGAAACAUAAAGAACAAAAAAGAGAAGAAAAAGGAGACAAAAGCAAAAACAGUAAAUCUUCAGCAGGAACCUAUGUUGUGAUUGCAGCAGUUGUGGGAGUUGUGGUCGUUGGCUUUAUUGCAUAUCGCAAAUGUUAUUUGCGAAAAUAAAACUUUGUUGUUUUAGUUUUACAAUCUACUCAAAUUUACUUAUACACAUCUAAAUAGCUGCUCAGAAAGAAGGUGAAAUUUAUUCAUGAUAUAUUUACAGCAUAUAUUUUUACGUUAAACGGACCUGUAUUGAACUAUGUUAAAACUGUUUACAAUUCAGUUUUGUUGUCCCCUACCGGUUUCACCAGAGGGGACUUAUGGUUUGCGCUCUGUGUGUUCGUCAGUCUGUGAGUCUGUCACACUUUUCUGGAUCCUCCGAUAAAUUUAAAAGUUCUUAAUAUUUUUUCAUGAAUCUUGAAACAUGGAUAGAUGGCAAUAAGGACAUUAUGCACGUCAUUUCAUUUUGUUCCUACGUCAAAAAUUCUGGUUGCUAUGGCAACCAAUAUUAAAAUAUAUAUAUAUAUAUAUUUCUGACAACGGUGGAGCCGGUAGGGGACAUAUAUUGCUUGGCAAUAGUCUUGUUUUUUGUGUUUGUUGCUUUGAAUGCAAAGAUGCAAUAACUAAUUAACUUAAUGUAUUAAAGUUGUUCACUAGAAACAGCUUCUUGCGAUUUUGCACCUAUUUGUUCUACAAAACCACCAAAUUCCUAAUUUUGUAAAAUAUGUAAAACAUUAAGCGUAUAUCACUGAUUCAUAUUUUUAUAAGCUUUCCAGUUUUCAUUUUUAUUAGAGAUACUGACCAAGCAUAACUUUGUUUGUGCUUCAAAAAAUAAGACAUCUGAAUCAUCAUAAAAAAAAAUAAACAAAGGGUUUUGCUUAGAUACGUAAACUGAAACACCAAACAUUUGUGCAAAAAUGAACAAAGGUUUACAUUAGUGUCUACAGACAUUAAACCAUUGAUGCCUAGUCGAUUCUCCCAUCCUUCUAAAUUGGAUCAAUUUAUUUCCAAAAUAAGGGAUAUCUAGUAUAUUUAUUUCUUCUUACAGCAAAUAUUCCAUUAAGCAAAUAGCGCAGACCCUGAUGAGACGCCACAGCAUGCGGCGUCUCAUCUGGAUCUAUGCUGUUUGCCAAGGCCUUUUUUUCUAGAUGCUAGGCAUAAAUGGGUUACAGUGGGCUGGGUAAACUACACCAGAAUAGCAUAAUCACGACCAGUGUAGCUGGAAGCAGUAGCUCACUCGGCUGAUAAUACUCCUGGAAUGUAACACUCCUAUAGCAGGAGAUUUGCAUAUGUCACAUGAUAAGAACCAAUGGUUUCUUUAUGUUCAAAUUGUGCCUUCUAAUUGCUUUGAUAUUUAAAAUUAACAUGAAUCUAGCGAUUUAAUUCUGGUUUGAACAUUUAAAAUAAAAACACUAGAAUAUAUAGCAUGCAAAGGCCAUUUAAUGAUGCAUGUUUAAAUGUCAUGUGUACUACCGUUAUUUAAUUUCAAUAAAAUGAUGAUACAAAUUGAUGCAAAAAUAGCUACCAUGGAAAGUUAAACUCCAAUUCCUUUUAUUACAAAUCCUGGGGUUUGAGGUGAAAAAUAUCCUAUUUAAGUAUGCAUAAGGUGCCACACUUCAAAAGCAACAUCAUUAGUGAUUAUUAUUUGUGCAUGUGUGUGCAUACCAGCGUGUGUGUGUGUUCCUUAGACCUGCAAUACCCAUUAAAGUGCUUUUAAUACUAAUUAUACCCCCACUAAAUGAAGUUUAGGGGGGUAUAAAGGAGUGAGCUUGUCUGUCGGUCGGUCCGUGUCCGCUCUCUAAUUCAAGUAGUUUUCAUCCGAUCUUCACCAAACUUGGUCAGAAGUUAUAUCUAGAUGAUGUCUAGGUCAAGUUCGAAUAUGGGUCAUGUAGGGUCAAAAACUAGGUCACUGGGUCACUUAGUACGUUUUACACAUUCAGCAUGGUGUCUGCUCUCUAAUUCAAGUAGUUUUCAUAUGAUCUUCACCACACUUGGUUAUAAGUUGUAUCUAGAUGAUGUGUAGGUCAAGUUCGAACAUGGGCCAUGCAGGGUUAAAAACCAGGUCACGGGGUCACUUAGUGCGUUUUAAACAUUGAGCAUGGUGUCGGCUGUUUUUUGUGAAGACAACAUGCAAAAUAUUCUGUGUCAGUGCAGCGGGGGUAUGACAAAGCUCUAGUUUUGAGUGGUGAUCAAAUGAUUGCCCUAAUAUGAUGUUCUCUGAAAACUCAAGUUCACAGUUACUGAUGUUGUUGUGUGGCAUUUGUUUUUUGACUGUCAAUGUUUAAUUUUAAAACAAUUGUCUUCUCUUCAUAAAGUCAAGAAUGUCAAUAGUGUGUAAAAACAGCUUUUCCUUGCCUUUCAUUCCUUUUACGUGUGGAGAAUACCUUUUUGUACAUGAAUUAUACCAGAACAAAAUUACAAAAUAAAAACAUGAAUAAAAUUGUGUUUUAUUGA